GAUGUAACGUUUCAGUGUUGAGAAAAUUAAGUUUCGUAACUUUCACGAUCCAUCUUUUUGUUCGUCUCGGAUGGAAUUUCCCGUACAACUUUGGCAACACCCGUCCCAGCGCCGUUUUCAAAACAUUUGCAACGUGAACGCAUGAAAUGUCGUUGAUGGUUAAUGCAUGAUCGCAAUGCGGGACACGUCAAAUUCAGUAGCAUUUGUCAGAAUUGACUAAUGUUUUAUUGUAGCUGUGAUGGCGUAUGUAGUGUUCCUUGCGAACAUAUCAGAUCCUGAAGCUGCCGAUACUAUUAACCAAUGUCUUGAACAUUUUGUGAAGAAACAGAAUAAAGGUGAAAAAUGUCUAAAUUCACCACUUGUUCAAGUAUUGUGCACAGACAACCUGUUCAAGACAGCACAGGAACACAAUGGAUGCUGGACCUCUCCUAGGGAUGUGGAUCUGGACCAGUACAAGAAGGAGGUGUCAGUUGAUGAGAAAGAGGAAAGAGACAGGUGUGCAGAAGAGAGCAGUUUGUCCCACAGACUGCUCCAGGUGUCCGACUCACUACCAUACGCUGGUGUGGGUGUCCAUGUUGUGUUGGUGAGACCUACUCUCCAGGAGGAGCCAAAUGCAGCUGAAUGUUACCUCCCUUUGUAUGGUGCUCUGAAGAAGCUGUCCUGUUGGCACAAUGCCGAAAUCACAGUCAUCAGAGACAGUGUGCCACAGUCACUGCAGGCCCUGGGGGACUUUACAGGUGCUUCCUUCACCUCCCAAAUCUCCAGCAUAUCGUGGGAGGAUGACCGUGUGUGGCGGGGAAAGGUCGCUGUCAUGAACAAAGUGGAAGGUCAAGGUCAUGUGUUCCCUGGGUUUCAACUCCAGUGUGAUCGGGAUGACCUAGAGGCCUUCCUUGAGCGACUGAGGAAGUUGACCAACAGACACCAACUUGAACAGACAGGUGUUCCAGUGAUGGGGAGGAUGUUGGAGGUCCUGGACCAGGUGGAUGCAAGGACGCUGCCAUCUUUCAUGUUGACACAGUACACACUGAGGCUAUCUGUGUGGAAGCCGCACCACCUGUCGCUGGAACUCGUACAGGAACUCCUAGAGCAGGAACAGACUGCAGUGAUCUGCCGCCUGGCCGUGUACGACUCGGGGUCGGUGGUCGACUGUACCCAGAAACUGAGUGCCCAGGCCUGGAGGGAGAGUGUCAUGGCAAAUGUGGACUAUGUCAUAGAACAAGAGGAAGACCUGUUGACUCCUGCCCACUUCCUCCAUGUCGUGUUGAGGAGAGAUGAGUCCUCCUCAUCUGCAGACCACCUCACUGCUGUCGUCCUGCGUGACAGUUCGGAAAUAAACUCAAACUUGUUCCGCAUCGACUCGGGCCUGUACAGCGGUGUGUGUUGUGGGAGCUCCAGUGAGGGGCCCAGUGACAGCAUGGAGACGUACCUGAGUAGCCUACCUCACAUGACUGGGGAACUCGUCGACCAGAUCAACACGAGUCUUGUCCACAUGCAGACACACAUGCUACAGGACUGGGUCGCUGAACUAGAGCAGAGUGGGGAACCAACGGUGAUGUCAGUGGAGAUGCUGUACAAGUUCCUGGGGCAGAUUCAGCAGAACUUCCUGGAUCAGCUGCUCCAGGACGGGGUGUUCCAGGAGGCAGUGAGGAGAGCUGAAGAAUCAGAUGCCAUUCCCACUCUCGAACCAGAUGUUGACAUGGAUCCCCUUGACUGGCUGGAGAGGAAAGCUGUGCAACACAAGGACACACAGAAGCGAGAGAUGCGGCGCUACCAGUCUUCAGAGAGUGCCUGUCUCUCCUCCCCACCACAUGAUGAUGGUGUGUCAACGAUAGAAGUGAAGGACUUCAUCAAGUUGUUUAACCCUGAUGGCAGUGCUUCUAUUGACAAGCUUUCACCAAUCAGACAGCAGUCAAGACGCAAGCUGACAAAACUCAGUAGUCAGGGGGGAGACAACUCUGUUGUGGCCAGAUUGCAUGGAUACACUGUAUCAUGGCAUUGAUUACUACAAGGACAGAAUAUCAGAAAA